CCACGCGUGUACCGCUAAACAUCAGUAUUAUCAAUGAUACCAUUGACGAACCGGAGGAAAUGUUUGGCCUUUCCGUCGACGUUCAAGGGAAGGACGGAAUCUGUAUUCAACAAGGGACUGCCAACAUUACUAUAACUGACAGUAUAAUAGUGGGCUUCACUCAAGAAGAGUAUACUUUCUACGAUGACGUCGGUAAAGCCCGUGUGUGUGUUGGGUUCAGGAGUAGCUGUAAACACGACGUGAGUCUAUCAUUGGAACUGACAACCACUGGUGGAAACACAGAUGAUAGCGUUUACUCUGGUAUCACUGAGUCCCUGACGCUCGACAGUUGUGAAGAUGAGUGUGUGGCUAUCACCAUCCAUAAUAACGAUUCCCUGAAGAAGGAUAAGGAAUCUUAUUUCGACGUAAAUUUAAGUCUAAAUGGUAAACCAGAUGGAGUCAAACUCUCCCCUGCCAAGUCAAAGGUCACUAUCAUAGACUCAACUACGGUAAAUUUGACCCUCAAUAUUAUGGAG